GAAAUGACGAGCGUACUUGAACGAUCCAGGAGUUUUGGGCAUUCUAGAUCAAAUUCGCGCUCACAAUCAUUCUCUGAGGAUAGGCAGUGGGAGACUGUGCAAGCUAAGACAUUCAUGAAAUGGCUCAAUACAAAGUUGGAAGUGUCUGGUAUCGAGCCUAUGUCUGAUUUGGCGCGUGAUUUGAGCAAUGGAGUGAGACUCAUUCAACUUAUGGAGAUAAUGGGGGAUGUAAACCUCGGCAGAUACAAUGUAAACCCCCGUAUGCGUGUUCAGAAAGCCGAAAACGUCACGAAAGCCCUUGACUUUAUAAGAUCGCGAGGGAUCGUCUUGACGAAUAUCGGUCCAGAGGAUAUCAUGGAUCAGAACCUUAAACUGAUCUUAGGAAUGAUAUGGACGCUCAUUUUGAGAUUUACUAUAGCAGAGAUUAGUGAGGAAGGUCUGCAAGCGAAAGAAGGUUUACUUCUCUGGUGUCAAAGAAAGACAGCACCGUAUGAGGACGUAAGCGUCGAGAAUUUCACUAGCAGCUGGGUAGACGGAUUGGCACUUUGCGCCUUGAUACACUGUCACAGACCCGAUCUCCUAGAUUAUUACACAUUGGAUCCUACAGAACGAUUCGCGAAUACGAAGCUCGCAUUCGACAUAGCGGAAGAACAUUUGGGUAUACCGCAACUCCUUGAUGUAGAGGACCUUUGCACCCGUCCGGAUGAACGCUCGACAAUGACUUAUGUUGCAUCAUACUUCCAUGCUUUCUCUUCAAUGGAUAGGCAAGAAACGAAUGCAAGACGUGUAGCUGCAUUUGCAGAUGUCAUAGCUAGCGUUUGGCAGGCUUCAAAUCGCUAUGAAGCUAAGGUUCGAGCUCUCCUUUGGUCACUCGAGCAAAUUCAAAUCGAAUGGAGCAAGUCCCCACCAGCAGACAGCUACGCAGAUGUUAAACUCCAAGGUGCUCAACUGGCAGAGCAUAAAAAGACGACAAAGAGAGAUUAUGUCUCUGAGAAAGCCGAUUGUACAGCUCUUUUUGGAAACAUUCAGACAAAGUUAAAAACAUACAAGCUACGUCCUUAUGAUCCCCCAAUUGGUGUUAGAUUGGUGGACCUCGACGAGAAAUGGGUAAUGAUGGCCGAGGCAGAGGCCAACAGGUCCAGAGCUAUCAACGCUCGUAUAAGAGAUAUCAAAGAAUUCCUCAGAAAAUCCUUUGCUGAGGUUGCAAAUACAUUCGAAAGGUCGCUCUCACGUAUUACAGUUGCGAUUGGCGAACUUGACGGUAGACUUGAGUCACAACUCACCAUCGUCAACGAACUCCAAGCGGAGACAGAACCAUUGGCACAGUUGCUACACGGAGAACUACACGCACUUGAGAAUGAAUGCUUAGACGCAAAUAUCGAAGAGAAUGAUUACACUAUUUUCUCUUUCGAUGAUCUCGAAUUCGAGUUUGAGCUGGUGCAACUCAACUUGAAGAAUAAGUUUGCGUUCCUUGAGAAUCAAAUCGUCUCAAGGGAGGCUAGUAACGUUACUCCAGACAAAUUGGAAGAAUUCGAAAGCACAUUCAGGUACUUCGAUAGAGAUGACAGUAACUGCCUCUCAUAUGGUGAAUUCGGAGCAGCACUUGCAAGUCUUGGUAUUACAUAUCCAGAGGAUGAAAUGAUUGAGAUACAUGAGCUCCUAGCUAAGGAAUCUGAAUUGGAUGGGUAUGUUAGUUUCAGGGAGUUUGUCAGAUACAUGGUCGAUAUCAUGGAGGACACGACAGACAAAGACCAAGUGAGAGAAGCGUUCGAGGGUGUGUCGGGAAAUAAACCGUAUGUAACAGAAUUGGAUCUCAAGUUGGCGUCAUUAGGAGGACAAAGCAUGGAAAGUCUAAAGACGCAGCUUCCUGUGUUAGAGCAAGACUCCGAGGAAGGACUAUUGUACGAUUAUAACAAGUUUUUAGAUAGUCAAUUCAUAUAAAUUUUGAUAGCAAA